CGUUUCAUAAGUGUUUUGCAAUAUAGAAUAGCAUAAUUUGUCUUGAGAAUUGUUUUGUGUACAAAAAAAAUGUUAAACUUAUGUUUAGCUAAGUUAUCAAGUGCUAUGUGAAUUAACAUCAUUUUUGCAGAAAAUAAUUUUAGAUUAAUUGACAAUUCUGGUGUGUUGAUUAAUCAAUUACAGAGUUUCGAUUGCAGUCUUAAAUGUUUCAACAUAGAAUCGUUUAUUUCUAGAUAAUACAAAAACAUGGGAAGAAAAAGAAACAGGUCAAAAAAUAAGGCUAAAUUGCUUUUAUCACAAAGUAAUGAUUCUAUUGGUAAUAUCCCUUCUACUUCUAAAGAUACUUCUCCCAAUCAAGAACCAAAUUUAAAACCAAUUCUAGACUCAGAUAUCAAUGUAACACAAACAAAUCCUUCUGUUAGUCCUCUCAAAUCAAUCAUGAAGAGUCAUUCCAAAUUGAAUGUAAACAUGCAAGAUUCAUCUAAACAAGAUGACAGUUCCACAUCAACAUCUCUCACAAAUCCUAUUCAAAAUUUUGAAACAUCUACAGCAAAUAUCAAGUCAAAUUUGAUAAAUAAUUUUUCAAAAUUCCUUUCACAACUUCAAUCUGAAAAUAGCUCUAAAAUGGACAGUAAAGAAGAUAUAGAAAUGAUUCAGCACAGUCAACAACCGGUAACAAAAAAAUUUCUUAAACCCGUUAGAAUUUCACAUAGAGAACUGAACUUCGCUGCCCCGGAAAUGGAAGCAGCAAAUUUAAUUGAUGUGUGGCACAAAUUUGUUUUAUACAAUGUUGAAAAAGAAGAUAAAGUUGCAGUCCUCAAUGCUCUUUUAGAAAUUGCCCAACCAUAUUUUUUAAUACCGGUAAUGUACACCAUGGAAGGGGAUAAUAAAGCGACAUUUCUGACUUUCUGUAGAUACAAUAUAAUUCAGAGAUAUGUUAAUCGCAAAUUAGAAGUUAAAAUUCCAAACAAAACAAGAAAAGUAAAGAUUGAUAUUAUUCUUUCUUUUUUGUCUUUCCAAGAUAUGCCUCUAGAUCCACAAAGUAUAAUAACAAAUUGUAUUAUUGCCAGAUUUGGUAAGGAACCAAUCAAUAGGAAAAGCUUAAACCUCAAGAACUUUUCAAAUGAUAAGAUAUUAGGUUCAGUUUAUUGCCCAUUAGAAAUACCUUUUGUAUUAGAUUAUGUCUUUCGUUUAUCAAAAAUUCUAUCUUCUCCUCAUCCAAUGGCACCAAAUAUAAGAGAGGGCAAGGUUCCAAUAAGAGAUUUAAUAUUAAGUGAUAAUAACUUGGAAAUCUUAGUAUUAAGUGAAAAAGUAUUUGGUGGUAACUUUACCAGAUUAGAUUUGAGGAACAACAAACUUGGUAAUGUUAAUUCACUACGAUCAUUUUCAGAAUAUAAGAUUACAGAAUUGUGGCUUGAUGGUAAUCCUUUAUGUAAUAAUUAUACAAAAAUAAGAGAUUAUAUUGGUACUGUUAAACAAAUAUUUCCAUUUUUACAAAAAUUAGAUGAUCAUGUAAUAGAUAAUGAAUUGAAACUUAUGCCAAUGUUUCAAAAGCAUUUCAUUCACAAUAAUAUGAAAAUAUCUUUAGUUCAACAAUUUUUGGAACAUUUUUUCACAUGCUAUGACCAAAAUGAUAGAAUAUCCCUUAAUGGAUUAUAUGAUAGUGAAGCAAUAUUUUCAAUGACUAUUGGACCUAUCACAGAUAUAAGCAAACAAUUAAUUUUAAAAACUUUUGCCACAAAUAGAAAUUUAAAAAAAUUUGCUGAUUACGCCAAGUGUUCUGAAAUUUUACUAAAAGGACCAGAAAAAAUAAUUGCCAUGCUACGUCAAGAACCAGCUACUUUUCGAAAACUGAAACAUUUAGAUGUUGAUCUUGUAUAUAACACUGAAAAAUGUUUCGCUGUUUGUGUACAGGGACCAUUUUCAUACUUACGAAGUUAUGUAUCACCAUUGUGGUUCAACAGAACUUUGCUUGUAGUAGCCAAAGAAGAUAAUGAAUUUUGCAUUGCAAAUGAUCACUAUCAUAUAGAUAAUCUUCCUGCUAGUUAUAAUGACAUAGAUUUAAGUGAAUUAACAUUGGCUACAGAGAAAUCAAUACCAACUUUUAAUCCAACGCCAUUUAGUGCUUCCGAAAAAGAACAACUCCUGUCUCUGAUGCAAGAAUUAACAUCUGUCAAUAAACAAUAUGCUGAAAAAUGUUUAAUAGAAGCUAACUGGGAAAUUCGAAAAGCUGUUGAUUCAUUUUUAAAAUCAUAUGUAGACAAUCAAAUACCAAUGGAAGCUUUCAAAAAGAGAGUUUGGAGAGAUGAAAUCAGAUAAAUUUUAAUUUAUUAUGAAAAUGUUUUAGUUAUAUUUGUAAUAAAAAUCAUUUUAGUACACAUUGACUAUGUAGUAUUUGCAAAGAAAUAAAAAACAUUGAUAAACA